AUGUUCCCUUUUCCCCUAAUUGCCCACCAUCCCACCAUAUAUAAACGACACCAAAUCCCUCGAAUACCCGAAUCCCUGAAAAUGACUCGAACCCACAAGGUCAACUCUCCCGACUACCAGGCCAUUGCCGACGGCAAGCCCCGCCAGGUCUUCCUACCCAAGUAUUUUGCCAAGUCUGGGUAUGAGGGGCAGGACCCCAAGAAGACCAAGAAGAACGGUGGUGGUAAAGGCAAUUGGGGAACCAUGGGCGACGAGGCUCUUGAUGACCAAUUCAACUUUGUUAAACCUCGCCGACGGUCCAACAGCAGCUCCGUCUCGAGCCAGAUGCGAGACUUCAAGACCAAGUUCGACAUGAAUGAGACGGACCCGGUCUUUGAGGAAUUCGAGGAAGACGAUGACUAUGCCCCAUCCGAGGGCUCGGAGAGCGGAAACAGCGUCAAUUAG